UCUCGCCCUAAAAAAAAAUUGAAUAGCUUCCCAGUGUGCUUAGAUUAAAAUCCAAAUUCCUUGCCAUGAACUUUUUGCAAAGUUCUAUGAGAUCUGGUUUCUGUUCGUCCCUCCAAUUUCUCUGUACCACUCUUCCUCAAUGGAACUUGACUCCAGUUACCCUGGCCUUCUUUCUAUUCUCUCAAUGUGCCAAACAACCCUUUUCUCUCCUUCAGGCACAGGUUUCCUCUAUCUAGAACACUCUUCCCUAGAUCUUUGAAAGGCUGUCUCCUUCUCAGUAUUCAAGUCUUAGCUCAAAUAUCAUUUCAUCAGAGUGAAUCUGACUAACCUACAUUCAACAGACACUUUUCAUUAUCGGAGAUUAUUUUGUUAAUUUAUUAACUAUUAUCUUCUGUCCCCACUAGAAUGUAAGCUUCCUGAGAAGGAUCUUAGCUGUUGUUCACCAAAGUGUCCCUAAAAGUCCAGAAGAGUGGCCGACAUAAGACAGUCUCUGUAAGUACUUUGGGAAAGAAAACAUAAAAAAACGACUAUCUCUAAGACGACAAAACUCGCGAGUCUCUCACCAAAGCCAGGCUCCGCCUCCCUGAACUACUUCCGUCACGACCUCGAGGGAGGCGGUCGGGUUCCUCUGCGCAGGCGCUUUUGGACGCGGGGCUUUCUGGGUAAAGAUGGAUGGGCACGAUCUCUUUCGCCGGCUUGGCGCGGGGGCCAAAUUCGACGUGAAGCGCUUCUCGUCAGACGCAGCCCGAUUUCAGCUAGGAAAAAGGAAACGUGACUUUAAUUCUUCAGAGGUGCUUCAGGGACUGGACUUUUUUGGAAACAAGAAGUCUGUCCCAGGUAAGUAUGGAGCAUCCAGAACACAUCAAGAACUCCAAGAUGAAGAGAAACAAGAAGAAAAGCUAAUUGAAAGGAAGAGGAAACAGAACAAGAAAAAGAGAAAGAUGAUGACUUCAGAAAUUACAUCUCCAGAAGAAGGAACUACUAUACACUGGAUGUCAUCUGUGGAAGCAAAGAUUGAAGAUAAAAAAGUUAAAGGAGAAAAUAAACUAACUUCAGGAAAGAUGGAACAACUCAGAAAGGAAAAGAUAAACUUCUUCCGGAAUAAACACAAAAUUCAUGUCCAAGGAACUGAUCUUCCUGACCCAAUUGCCACAUUUCAGCAACUUGACCAGGAAUAUAAAAUCAAUUCUCGACUGCUUCAGAAUAUUCUAGACUCAGGCUUCCAGGUGCCUACGGCAAUCCAAAUGCAGGCCAUUCCAGUUAUGCUGCAUGGUCGUGAACUUCUGGCUUCUGCUCCUACUGGAUCUGGAAAGACUCUGGCUUUUAGCAUUCCCAUUUUAAUGCAGCUGAAACAACCUACAAAUAAAGGCUUCAGGGCCCUGAUAAUAUCACCAACACGAGAACUUGCCAGCCAGAUUCACCGAGAGUUAUUAAAAAUCUCUGAGGGCACAGGAUUCAGGAUACACCUGAUUCAUAAAGCAGCAGUGGCAGCCAAAAAAUUUGGACCUAAAUCAUCUAAGAGGUUUGAUGUUCUUGUGACUACUCCAAAUCGACUGAUUUAUUUAUUAAAGCAGGAUCCUCCAGGAAUAGACCUAACAAGUGUUGAGUGGCUCAUAGUAGAUGAAUCCGACAAACUGUUUGAAGAUGGUAAAACUGGGUUCAGAGACCAGCUGGCUUCCAUUUUCUUGGCCUGCACAUCCCAUAAGGUCAGAAGAGCUAUGUUCAGUGCAACUUUUGCAUACGAUGUUGAACAGUGGUGCAAACUCAACCUGGACAAUGUCAUUACUGUAUCCAUUGGAGCAAGGAAUUCUGCAGUAGAGACUGUAGAACAAGAACUUCUCUUUGUUGGGUCUGAGACUGGAAAACUUCUGGCCAUGAGAGAACUUGUUAAAAAGGGUUUCAACCCACCUGUUCUUGUUUUUGUGCAGUCCAUUGAAAGGGCUAAAGAACUUUUUCAUGAGCUCAUAUAUGAAGGUAUUAAUGUGGACGUUAUUCAUGCAGAGAGAACACAGCUACAGAGAGAUAACACCGUGCACAGCUUCAGAGCAGGGAAGAUCUGGGUUCUUAUUUGUACAGCCUUGCUGGCAAGAGGGAUUGAUUUUAAAGGUGUGAACUUGGUGAUUAACUAUGACUUUCCAACCAGCUCAGUGGAAUAUAUCCACAGGAUAGGUCGAACUGGAAGAGCAGGGCAUAAAGGAAAAGCUGUUACAUUUUUCACUGAAGAUGAUAAACCAUUAUUAAGAAGUAUUGCCAAUGUUAUACAGCAAGCUGGAUGUCCUGUACCAGAAUACAUAAAAGGUUUCAAAAAACUACUAAGCAAACAAAAGAAAAAAAUGAUUAAGAAACCAUUGGAAAGGGAGAGUAUUAGCACAACUCCAAAAUAUUUCUUAGAAAAAGCUAAGGAUAAACGUGGACACAAGACAGGCACUAAAAACUCAAACUGGUGUAGUGGAGGGAAAAACUGGAUUUGGAAUCAGAAGAACUGGCUCUGUUCCUACUUCCCCUUAUAACUCUAGGCAAGUCGCAUAAUCUCUCUAAGCCUCUUUCACCCUAUAUAUAAUGGAAAUAACAGCAGCUCUGCCACUCAGGGUUGGUUGGAGGAUUAAAGGAGUUAAUAUACGUAAAAGAACUUUAUAUUACCAUAAUGUAAUUUGCAAACAUUGAAUAUUUUCUUAAAAAUGUUUUUCCUUUUCCUGUGUUACCACUUAGUUAAUGGCAUUCACCACUCACAAAGUAAUGAAGCUAGAGAUCUCUUGAAUCAUAUUUGAGUUAUUUGCCCUCCAUACAGCCAGCUUUGCCAACUUCUAUUCAUUUUUCUCUGCAAAUACCCCUGUGAUUCAUAUUCUCCUGAAGACUGGAUUGGCUCUAGAAUCAGACUGUCGGGGUUCAUGUCUAACACUUAUACCAGUGUAUGAUGAUUGGCAAAUUACUCCACUACUCUGUGCCUCAUUUUCAUCAUCUGUAAUAAUUAGGAUAAUAAGUUGUCAGGAAGAUUACCCAAUUUAAUGAAUGUAAAGCGCUUAUAACAGUGUUUAGCACUUAAUAAACACUCAGUAAAUGUUAGGUCAGGAUCAGAAUCUUUAUUAUUAGGUCAGGAUCAGAAUCUUUCAUACCAGGUAAUAGUGUAGUUUGUUGUGAUGUUUCUGUCUCACUGAGGUGAUUGUGGAGUCCUGGUGGCACAGUGGUUAAGAUCUUGCCUGCUAACCAGAAGAUCAGCAAUUCAAAUCCACUAGCCACUCUUUAGAAACCCUACGGGGCAGUUCUACUCUGUCCUAUAAGGUCACUAUGAGUCGGAAUCAACUGGACAGCAAUGGGUUUAGUUAAUGGGUUAGGUGAUUUUGAGUUAUUUAAAGGCAGAGACUAUGUCUUUGUGUUCCUGUUGUCUCAUAUACUUGAUACACAAUAGGUACCAGUAAAUGUUUGUUUUAUUAGACUUGUAAGAUUUUGCCAAGCACAUAUAGCUAGAAUUUCUGAUUCAACCUUCCCUUUUUUUUUUUUUAAACAGGAAAAAGGUCACUGGUUAGAACAGCAAGAAGCAGCAGUCUUGAAGACAGAAUUUAAAAUUAGACUUUUUUAAGACUAUCCCAGAAACAUAAAUUGUAUGAUCCCAGCGUGAAUGUUGUUGUCACAGAAUACUUCAAGUCAUAAAAUUCCUUGUAUCGACCAUUUGAAAUCAACUGCAAGUACACAGGAGUGAUGAAAAAUUAUUUAUCAUUCUACUAUCAAUGUAUCAUGUCAAAUUUCAAUUUGUAGGUGACUUUUAAAUGAUUAUUCCAUGGAAAUAACAGUCAUUGACUUCUGUGGUUAGAAUCCAAAGACAUACUUCUUAUAGAAGACCAAAAGCUUAUUUAACAGCACCCAAAUGAGGUGAACUCUUAAGGAUUUUUCCUUCAAGUAUGAAGGAGGGUGUGAUGUAUGUUGUGGAGAAGCAUCUGGAACAAUUUCAAAGUAAUGAAUGUCCCCUCCUUUUUUGGAUGGACAAGAAGCAGCACAGGCUGUCUACCAAGAAGAAACCCGUUGCUCUCUAUUUUACUGUUUCUUAAUUUGUUAUGGCCUUUUGUGGUGUGAGCCACAGCAAAGAGAUUCCUCAUCUAUGGCUGGUUAUUCAAGUUUCCUAAGAUUUUUAAUUCUUUGGUCUAUUAAAUAUCCUUAUACCUCAUUGGUGAGGUAGCUCAUACCUUACCUGGCAUAAUGUUGCAACUACAAGAUUAUGGUCAGCCUCUCCUUUCUUCAUUUUCCAUGAUUUAACCAAGAUCUUUCCAUGCAAGAUUAUUUUGCUAGAAAACUGAUAAACAUUUUAGCAUGAUAAGGAAGAAUGUUCCUGUUACUUGAUACACCUCUGACUUCAUUCUCUCAGCUUAUCUUUCCUUAGGCUUUAUAGCCCUUCACCCAUUUAGUAAACGGAUCUCUGCCAGGGGUAAAGGAUUAUGAUUAUGCAGUAAUGGAAGAUAUCCAUUGCUAUUAGAAGAUCUUUCUCUACUGCUAGCUUCCUACAGCAGAAUAAAAACAUCGACUUCA